GGAAAAGUGGCUUCCGGGCGGAAGUCACACUAGAGGUUCCGGAGGUGAGCGGUCGCAGACAGGUGGUUGGUGUGUCCUGGGCGUGGGGAGGCGACAAAGCCCUAGCACUUGAGGGUUGAGGGGGCCGCUCCAGCGCGGCGAACGUCCAGACUCCGCAGGCUGGGCGGUAAGUGUGGGAGGUAAACGCCGAGGUGGGGGAGUUUUGCCACUCACUACUUGUGACCUCGGGUAAAUUAGUCUUGGAACGUCAGUUUCCUCGUCUCUGUAAUUGAAAUAAUAAUAGUGCUUCUCUCAGGGUUGUUGUGAGCAGUCAAUGAAACACAGCAGUUUCUGGAAUUUGGUAGAAUUGGGCUAUUUGCUGAAGCUUCUUGGUAGCCCUUGGUAGCCCAGGAAGACACUUAACAUUUUGAUUUUUUUGUACCAUGGCUUUGGUUCACAAAUUGCUGCAUGGCACUUACAUUCUCAGAAAAUGCUCAAAGCCAGCUGCUGCCUUGUAUCCAUUUUUGGGUAUUCGCUUUGCAGACUAUUCCAGUAGCCUUCAGAAACCAGUGGCUUCUCCUGGCAAAGACUCCUCACAGAGGAAGACUGAUGGGAGUUUGCAAGGAGAUCACCAGAAAGAAGUUGCUUUGGAUAUAACUUCUGUUGAGGAUAAGCCUGAAGUUAGUUUUGAUAAAGCAAUUAGAGAUGAAGUAAUAGACCAUUUUUGGCGUUUGAAGGAUGAAACUGUGGAUCAUUGGAUAGGACCAGAAGGCCGCCCUCUCCAUGAGGUCUUGCUGGAACAAGCCAAGGUUGUCUGGCAAUUCCGGGGGAAAGAAGAUUUGGAUAAGUGGAAAGUGACUUCUGAUAAGACGAUUGGAGGCAGAAGUGAAGUGUUUUUGAAAAUGGGCAAGAAUAACCAAAGUGCAUUGCUAUAUGGAACUCUGAGCUCUGAGGUGCCUCAGGUUGGGGAGAGUCGUCAAAGUGGGUACUGUGCAAUGAUAUCCAGGAUUCGAAGGGGUGCUUUUGAGAGGAAGAAGCCUUAUGAUUGGACCCAGUUCAAUACUCUGUAUCUCCGUGUACGUGGGGAUGGUCGGCCUUGGAUGGUGAAUAUCAUACAGGACACAGAUUUCAUCCAGAGGAAGAAUCAGCUGUAUAGUUACUUCAUGUUCACCCGCGGGGGUCCCUAUUGGCAGGAGGUCAAGAUUCCUUUUUCCAAAUUUUUCUUCUCUAAUCGUGGAAGAAUUCUGGAUGUUCAGAGUCAGAUUGUGGUUGACAAGAUCGCUUCUAUAGGAUUCACCUUGGCUGAUAAAGUGGAUGGUCCUUUCUUCCUGGAGGUAGAUUUUAUUGGAGUGUUUACGGAUCCAGCUCACACAGAAGAAUUUGCUUAUGAAAAUUCUCCAGAGCUUAGCCCAAGACUUUUUAAAUAAAGAUCAUGUGGUAGUCUUGUUUUACAGAACUAAGGGUACUAGCAUCUACAGUGAUAGACAAAAUAAAAUAUUUCUUUAAUGGAAUCCAA